AUUCUUUGUUCUUUUUUUUUCCAUAUAGAUUACACAUUUCCUAUAAUGAAGUACGUACAGGUAUCAAAAGCACUGUACGACUAUGAUGCUCGAACAGAAGACGAGAUUAGUAUAAGAGAAAAUGAUAUUCUUUAUGUUAUCGAAAAAGAGGACGAUGACUGGUGGAAGGCUGAAUUAAAGCAGACCUCUGGUGAAGAAGCAGGACCCGUUGGUCUAGUUCCAGCACAGUACUUGGAAGAGGUUACUCCUAUUGGAAGAAUUCGUGCUGAAUAUGAUUAUGAAGCACAGCAAGAAGAGGAGCUUUCCUUUCAGGAAGGAGACGAGAUGGAUUUAUUAGAACAAGAUGAUCCUGAUUGGUAUUUAGUCAAACAUACCAACGGCCAAGUAGGCUUAGCUCCCAGUAACUAUGUUCAAUUCAUUCAACAAGAGGAAGGGGAAGAAGAACAACAUCAUUCUCAAGAGAAAACAAUUCCUGUGCCACCACCAUUGCCCCCUUUAAAUAAUGCAAUAACGCCUGGAAGUAUUCCCCCGCCAAUAGUUCAGCCCAUUCUGGCCCAUUCGACUGGCACUAGAGAUGUCAUCAAUGAUGAUGCACAGUCCUGGACAGUACACGAAUACGACCCAGCCAAAAAGAAAAAGAAGAAGAGUAAAGGGAACUUAUUUAUUGGCAACGGCAUGCUUUGCUAUGGAAGCGAAACCGAUAAGACAUCACCAGUACAGCAAUACCCGAUUUUGGACGUUAAGAAAUACCUAUUCGAUAAUAAAAACCUUCACAUUGAAAUCGAAGGAGACAGACAUGCCAUACUCGAUUUCCAGGCUUCUUCAAAAUCAGAGGCUAAGGCCAUCUUGGUCAAAAUCAGUGACUCUAUUCGAACAGCUCAGAUGUCCGCAACUCAAGUUUCUCCAUCUUUAGUUCAUCAAGAACGCAGUCAAGUUGCUUCUCCUGCAGUGGCUAUCCCUCCUCCAAUGGCAGUUUCAGAACAAGACAAUCAUGAGGAGCUAGAAGAGCCCAAGUGCACACCCAAAUGGGGUCUUGCCGUUUACGAAUUUCAUGCACAAGACGGUGACGAACUGAGUAUAGAAGAAAAUGAGCAGCUUUACGUUUUGGACUAUUUAACCGACGAUGGCUGGUGGCGUGUGCAAAAAGUAAAUGGUGAUGUGGGCCUGGUCCCAUCGAGUUAUGUUCAGUUAGACCAAGACGACAAUCAAUCGGCAGAACCUGCCGUUCCAUCAACAACUAGAGUUGACAAUGUAGACGAAAUCAGAAGACAGCGCGAGCAAGAGGAACGCGAGUUACGGCAAAGACGUAUUGCUGAAGAAGAAGAAAGAAAAAAUAGACGCAGAGAAGAAGAAGAGCGACGACAGAGAGAAGAAGAGGCACGAAGACGUCGUGAGGAAGAGGAGAGACGUCGUAGAGAAGAAGAAGAAGAAGAAAGACGCAGGGAAGAGGCAGAACGAGAACGACGAAGACAAGCGCAAGAGGCUGCUAAACGCGCCGAGGCCGCUCGACAGAAGCAGAUCGAAGAGGAAUAUAGGCGUAAAGAGGUCGAACGUAAGGCCACACUAUCUCGUGCUGCUUCAACUUCAUCAAAAUCAAGUACACGCCAACAAGACCUCCCAAAGCCAGAUCUUUCCAAAAUCCGUACCUGGACGGAUCGCACCGGCUCAUUCAAGGUGGAAGCACAGUUCAUUGAUAUUCAUAAUGGCAAAUUACGGCUUCAUAAACUAAACGGUGUAAAGAUUGAUGUCCCUGUCGAAAAAAUGUCUGUAACCGAUCUCGAAUGGGUCUCUCGACACCAUAGCAAAUCUGAACCUACAGAAGAGCCAACGCCUGCGAUGCCACCAAGACCAGUCCAAACAGCAAAGAAGACCAAUGAAAACUGGGAUUGGUUCGAUUGGUUCAUGACGGUCGGCAUUCCUAUGCAAGCUUCUCUUCAGUACGCUUCUGCGUUCAAGGCAGAUAAAUUAGAUGAUAGCGAUAUUCCUAAACUGACUCAUAAGCAAAUGAAGACGCUUGGCAUGAAGGAAGAGCAUGUACGAAGAGUCGAACGAUAUAUUGAAACCGGUCAGCCUGAAGAACCUGAGGAGGCCAUGGCUCAAAAAGUGGAUCAACAAUCACAAAUCGAAAAAGACGCUGAACUUGCUAGAAAAUUGCAAAGAGAGUUUGAUGAGGCCAACAAGAACAACAAGAAUCAGACUGCAGGUAGACCUAGACCCUCUGUUUCAGCGCCUAAAGAUGUUCAUCCAGAUUUACUGGGAUUAAUUGGCAAUCAAUUGACCACAUCAGAUAAAGGCAAGGAGCCCGAGAAGCCAAAGAACGAUCUAUUAGGCUUUAGCGACGACGCUUGGACACCUCGUCCUGAAUCUUCUUCUCCUAUGGUACCACUCACACCUGUAAAAGCAACUCCUCCCCAAGUUCAGUCCAUUUCCCCUCCUCCGCCUGCUCCUGCGCCUGUACCUGUACCUGUACCAACUGGUCCUACUCCAGAGGAGCUUAGAGCUCAAGAAGAGGAGCGCAGACGUAUCGCUGAGCAAGAACAAAUCCAAAAGAUCAAAUUGAUGAGCUUACAGCGUCAAGCAGAAGAACAGCAGAAGCAAUUGGAAGAGCUUCAACGAUUGACCAAGCAACAGCUUGAACUUCAAAAACAAUUAGCCAUGCAUACAGGUACGCAACAGCAACAGCAACAGAUGCAGCAAUUGCAGCUGCAACAACAACAGCUUCAGGCCCAGCUUGCCCAACAACCUGCUCAGCUCCAACCUUCUUUGGUGCCUGUACAACAACCACAGCAGAUGACAGCUGGCAGACCCAGACCUGUGCCUAAUCACAGACUUUCGACUGGACCUUCUUUAAGCCAAUGGAACCAACCAAACUCUUUCCAGAGUGCUCCUCAACAGCAAAUGCAGACGGGUUUCUCGGGCUUCAAUAACCAACAACAGAUGCAGACUGGAUACUCUACAACGACGACAACACCAGCUUGGCAGGCUCAACAGCUCCAACCUCAGAUGACAGGCUUUCCUCCUUCGGCCCCAUCUGUGGGAGGAUAUCAACAGACACAACCGGUCAGUGUCCCAUUGAACUCUGUUCUCCAUCAACCUUUGAUGCCAACCGCUGCAGGACAGCAAGCCAACCUACAGAGAUCCAACACGAUUGGUGUUCAGCCUACGGGAAGACACUGGAAUCAUGCUACUCCUGAAAAUCCAUUUGGAUCACCUACACUCGCUCCUUUACAAGCUCAAAUGACAGGUGCUCAAUUCUCUACACCAAGUCCUACCGUAUUUAAUCAAAGUCCUAUACAAUCCCAACAACCAACAGGCUACAUGCAACCACAAAUGACAGGCAUUCAACCACAACCUACUGGUGUAGCCCAUAGCAUUUUUACACCCCAAGGAUCAAUGCAAUAUGGUCAAUCAGCGUUCCCUAAUGAACGCCGCUGGUGAAAACCAAGUAAAAAGAGUUUCCAUUUAAUAAUAAAGCUGUAAUGCUUGUCUGUUUAUUAUUAUUCUAAUUCUUCUUAUCCUUCAUGAAAUUGGAUGCCUUGAUAGCCUCUCUGUUUUGUUUUCUGUGGUAUUGACGAUUUGAUGGUCUACUGCUGAGCUGUUUCUGUUUCUUUUCAUCCAACAAAUCCCAUAACCAUUCAGGAUAUUCGGUAUCGUCAAGUGCAA